AUGGAAUCUAAUCAGACACUCAGUCCUGCUCCAAACUGCCCCAGCUUCAAUCCAAAGUUAAUGUUUUCUGUCACAGUUCUUUACUUAGCCAUGUUUCCCAUUGCACUGGUGCUUAACGGCGUGGCGGCCUGGGUUUCCAUACACCUCCGGUCUACAUCUUCCUUCAUGGUGUACCUGAAAAAUAUAGUAGCUGCUGAUCUUUUCAUGACCUUGACCCUCCCAAUUAAGGCUGCAAGUGACCUGCCCGGAGCAUCGAUGAGGUUAUACGUGCUCGUCUGCCGUUAUUUCACCGUCAUUUUUUACAGCUGCAUGUACACGAGCAUCACUUUGUUGGGCCUCGUCAGCGUAGACCGCUUCUUCAAGAUCGUCAGACCCAAGAUGAUGUUUGGUCAGAAACUGCUCUUCAGUAAAAUGAUGUCAGCUUUCGUUUGGGUGAUGUUGUUUGGGGGCACGGCCAUACCAACCAUAGUUUUAACGAACCAAUCCCCAGUCAACAUGACAGGAGUGACAUGUAUGUCUCUGAAAGGACGCGAUGGACUUAAUUUCCAUGGAAGGAUGGUGAUUUACCUGAAUGCUUUUUUCUGGUUUGUCAGUGUGGUGACUGUGGUUUCCUACAUUUGUAUUGCCAAAAAGGUCAUCCAGUCUUUCAAAAACUCCGGGAGCACCAACAACCAGGGGAAGCAGAAGACCAAACUACGUGUCUUCCUGGUGCUGGCUGUGUUUUUCGUCUGCUACGGACCGUACCACCUGGUGAGGAUCCCGUACACUUUCCAACAAGUCAAACCUGUUGGCACCUGCCUUCACUUCAAGUUUAUCAAGGAAAUCAGUCUUUGGCUUGCCACAACAAAUAUCUGCCUCGAUCCGCUUCUCUAUGUCUUUUUGUGUAGAGAGUUCAGGGAGAAACUGAUGUCAAUGAUAAAAUGUGUGGCUUCACCAUCCUAAGCGGCU